UUAUUGCGAAUUCAAAUUUUGACAUCGAUGUGUACAGUUAACUAAUUUAAAUUUACCGCGUAAAUAACUAAUUUAAAUUUACCGCGUAAAUACAGCGCGCUACCUCUAAGAUGGUAAUAGUUAUAAUGCGUUAAAAUCGUUUGAUCAAUAUAGAGUAUCAGUUAUAAGCUCGAAUUUGUUUUUUCAUAACUUUUUUCGUAAAAAAUUAGGAUGAAAAAAUAGUUUCAAAACGUUUAAUAGUUUGUGAAAAUUAUACGUAAGCUGAAAAACGAUAUUGAAAAUAAAUGAAGGAAGGUAACGAACGAAUGAAAUUAAAGGAAUGAAGGCGAAAUACUUAACUUUGACGUAUACUUCAAUUAAUAAUUAAUCAUAAAAUUGAAUUCAUUUAAAUUAUUAAAAAAUGCCUAUUAUAAUUAUUAAAGAUUAUAAAUGGCGCGAAACGGUAGAUAACAUUAUAGUAUAUGUGCCAUUUAAGAGUCGUCCUAAAAAAAUAGAUUUUUUGGUGAUCGAUAAUUAUAUAAAGGCAAGUUGUCCGCCAUUUUUAUUAGAACUUUUUCUUUGGGCCAAUAUUAUCGAGGAAGAAAGUACGUGUAUAUUGGACGAAGACAAGGUUAUAUUUUCUUUACGAAAAGCGAACGUCGCUUUAAAAUGGCCUAAAUUAGAAUUGGACGAUCUUGAUAAAGAUACUAAAAGAAAUUAUCGAAAUAGAGCAAUAGAACGUAUUCAAAAAGUUACAGAAGAACGGCAAAAAGCUCAAAGCGAGAAACGACAAUAUUUGAAAAAGGAAGCAGUAAAGGCACAAAUAGAUUUAGAUACCGCAGUUUUGAAUAAAAUAAGUGCUAUGAGAGAUAUCCAUAGAAAAGAAGCUAUGGAAGCAUUAGAAGAUUGGAGAUCCAAAGCCGAGUUACCGAUUUUAAAAUAUGAACAAGGCAUAACUCGAGAAAAUCGUAAAGCGUAUAAGCCACCGUUAAAAUGGUUUAAAGAUGACAUCACCGGUAUGAUGAAGAACAGGCCAAUGACCGAUCAAGAAAUUUUCGUUAAUGACGCAAAGGGUUGCAGCGAAGGUAGAAAUGGUAGGGAAUUAGAAUGGAAGGAGUCCGAAGGAAAAGAAUUAUUUCAUAAAUAUGAAUUUCCAAGAAAAGAAGAUGGAUCGAUCGAAUCUAAUGCAAAGUUAAACGAUACGACGAACGAAGAUGAAUUAAAUGUUAUACAGGAAAGAAAUAUUUCGACGGAUAGCGAAUCGGAUUCCGAUCGUGAUUCGUACGACAAAUCAAUUAAAGGCAAGAUAUUGCGUAAGCCGUCUUCUUCGAAAAAUAUUCGCACUCGUGGACAAGAAAUAAUUGAUAGAAUAUUGAGUGGAAAACCACGUAGAUUGAACCAAAUAUUCGACGAACCUAACAAAGCUGUACCUUUACCAAGAAAAAAUGGUACCAUUAAUAUUACAUUUUCUGAACGUACGUUUCCCACUCCAGCCAGAGAAAGUCAUUUGAUCGAAGAACAAGAAUGGUUGGAGAAACAAGCAGAGGCAAGGAGAAAAACUGGUUUUGUAGCUGAAGAUCUCAGACCAGAGGAACGAGACCCGCAAUGGUUAAAGGAUAAGGGAGAAUCUGCGGCUCAUUAUGCUCUUGAGAAUUAUUAUAGAUGUACCGAAGAUUGUAGUAAAGCAUUAGAACUCAUGCAACCAAAAUGUGAAGCUAAUCGUGAAUCAAGGGCCAGGUGUCACGCCCGGCAAGGUGCAGCUCUUUGUAAAUUAUCUGCGCCACAACACGGCAUUCCUGAACUGGAAGCGGCAAUAAAAUUGGCACCGAAUAAUGAAAGCAUUAAACGUGAUUUAUUGAUUGCAAAACAAUAUUUUAAUAUCAAAGAUUAAAUAAAAACAAGUGAAAAUCUAAAAAGAAAGGAUUAUAAUAAAAUGAAAUAAUUGGUAAUAUUGAAAGUUAUUAUUUUAAUAUAAGAUUUUAAAAAAUAUAUAUGAACGUUUACAGACCUUAAUAGAUAAAAAUAUCACAGACACAAAUACCGUGGAUAUAUAAAUGGGCAGUAAGGAACUAGUUGUAAAUAUAUAUAUAUAUAUAUAUAUAUAUAUAGCAAUAUUAAAAUAUAAAUAUAUAAUAAUUAUAUAAUAUUAUAUUAUAAUAUAUAAGUAUGAACAAUGAAAUUUUGUUUUAGUUAAUUCGAAAUAUAAAUGAUAAAUUUUGUUACAAUAAAUAAAUAACUGUGAAAGUAAUAUUUUUUAGAGAAUAUAAUAUCCACGAUAAGAACAAGCGACUAUAUAAUAUGAUUGAUAUGGAAAUGAUUACGUGAUACAUUUAAAUGUGUAUGUUUUUAAAGCAAUUAUCAUCAUUAAUUGAUGCACUGAUAAUGACACAAACAUAUGCACACGCACGUACGCACGCACGCACGCACAUACAUACAUACAUACAUACAUACAUACAUACAUACA